AUGUUAAAGGUGAUGAACUUGGCUUCAUUAAAGCUGUCAGCAAGAAAUUUCUACACAAAUGGCAUUCAAUUCAAGUAUCAAUUCAAGGGCUGCUUUUCCAAAACAAAGGAAUGCACAGGUGAAUUCACCUUCAGCAGCUACUACAUGGAGUGGGUAUACUUAAGUAUACUUCUAAUAUACUUACAAAGAAAACUAACUGCCAAAUGCCAACAUUAUGAAGGAGAUGAACCUGGCUUCAUCAAAGCUAUCAGCAUGAUCACCAAGUUCUACCAGCACCUGCUGGCCUUGGAUUUUUGUGUAAAUGAGAUCAAUAAGGAUACUCACCUUUUGCCCAACAUCACCCUUGGAUUCCAUAUUUAUGACAGCUAUUAUGAUGCAAGGAUGGUCUAUCGCAAUAUCUUGGAUCUGCUUUCAAAAGUUGACUGGUUUGUUCCCAACUUCCAAUGUGGGAUGGAGAAAAAUCUCAUUGCUGUCAUUGGGGGGAUUGGCUACGAUGUUUCCUUGGACAUGGCAGUUAUCUUAAGCCUCUACAAAAUUCCACAGAUUACAUAUGGCUCUUUUGUCCCAGAAAAAAAGUAUAAAACUCCUUCCUUUUACCGUGUUGUCCCUAAUGAAGCCCAUCAAGGUUUGGGGAUAAUCCAUGUGUUACAACAUUUUGGAUGGACUUGGGUUGGCCUCUUCAUUGUAGAUGAUAACAGUGGGACACUUUUCCUACAAAGCUUGCAGUCCUUGUUUUCCAAGAAUGGAAUCUGUUCAGACUUCAUUGAAAGAACUCCAAAACAAGCUUAUAUUCCCAACUAUGAAGAUACAUGGGAAACAGCUGAAAAAUAUAAUCUACAUAUGAUGCAAGGAAAAGCCAAAGUCUUUAUUGUUUAUGGAGAAACAAGUUCAUUUAUUUGGUUGACCUUAAUGAUAGAAACAGUCAGUAGUCUACCCGAAGACAUUACUCCUGGUGGGAAGGUGUGGAUCAUGACAGCUCAGAUUGAUUUUGCAUUAAUGAGCUUCCAGAAAGGAUGGCAUUUGCAGAAAUUCAGAGGAGCCAUUUCUCUGACAGUUCAGUCCAAUGAAGUUCAGGGGUUCCAUACAUUUCUUCAGGGGCUCCAGCCAUUUGGGACAAGAGAAGAUACUUUUCUCAAGGAGUUUUGGGAACAAUCAUUUGGGUGUCUUUUCACAAAUUCCACUGGGACAUUAACGGUCAAUAAGAUAUGCACUGGAGAGGAAAAGAUAGAGAGUCUUCCUGGUUCUUUUUUUGAAAUGCCCAUGGCUGCUCAUAGUUACAGUAUUUAUAAUGCCAUGUACGCAGCAGCACAUGCUUUACAUAAAAUCUAUUCAUCUCAAUCGAAAAGGAAAGCAAAGAUGGCUCACCAAGAUAUUAAUCUUCAGAAACUAAAACCCUGGCAGCUUCAUCUAUUUCUUCAAGACAUUUCGUUCAAUAAUUCUGCUGCAGAUAUUGUCUUCCUGGAUAAGCAUGGAGAAAUGCCAACUGGUCUUGAAAUUACGAACUUGGUUGUCUUUCCAAACAACUCCUUCCACAGGCUUAAAAUUGGAAGAGUAAAUCCUUACACUUCUGAUGGGAGAUAUUUAACUGUAGAUGAGGAUAAAAUUGUUUGGCACCAAGGAUUUAACCAGAUACGGCCCAUUUCUGUAUGUAACCCUUCCUGUCUGCCUGGUUAUCGAAAAGAAAAGAAAGAAGGAGAGAAAUUUUGUUGUUACAAUUGUGUUCAUUGCCCAGAAGGGAAGAUUUCAAACCAGAAAGAUAUGAAUGACUGCUUCAAAUGUCCAGAGGAUCAAUACCCAAACAGGCACCAUGACCACUGCAUUCUCAAAACUAUGAUUUUCCUAUCUUAUCAAGAUCCUUUAGGGGCUUGUUUAGCAUCUCUUGCUCUAUUUUUUUCUCUCCUCACGCUUUUCUUGCUAGGAAUUUUCAUAAAGCACAGAGAUACGCCGAUUGUCAAAGCGAACAAUAGAGAACUCACUUAUGCCCUCCUUGGGUUCCUCCUUCUUUGUUUUCUCUGCUCUUUUUUAUUCAUUGGACAACCUGGGACAAUAACCUGCCUACUCCAGCAAGCAGCUUUUGGCUUCAUCUUCUCAGCAGUGGUAUCUUGCCUGUUGGCCAAAAACAUCACUGUUGUUGUGGCUUUCAUGGCCACCAAACCAGGGUCCAGCCUGAGAAAGUGGGUGGGGAAAAGAUUGGCCAGAGGUAUAAUUCUUUCUUGCUCCCUUUUGCAAGCAGCUAUCUGUGUAGUAUGGUUGGCCAUCUCUCCUCCUUUCCCAGAUCUGGACCAUAAUACUCUAAUCACUGAAAUUAUAGUCAGAUGCAAUGAAGGUUCUUCCAACAUGUUUUAUCUUGCCUUGGGUUACCUGGGCCUUUUGUCCAUCAUCAGUUUCAUAGUGGCUUUUCAGACUAGGAAGUUGCCAGAUAGCUUCAAUGAAGCCAAGUUUAUCACCUUCAGCAUGUUGAUUUUUUGCGCUGUUUGGUUUUCCUUCAUUCCAGCCUACUUGAGCAUCAAAGGGAAGUAUACAGUAGCUCUGGAGAUCUUCUCCAUUUUAGCUUCCACUUUGGGACUACUUGGUUGUAUAUUUUUCCCGAAAUUUUAUAUUAUUGUUCUGAGGCCUGAGUUGAAUUCCAAGGAGAACUUAAUAGGCCAAACUACCAACGUCAUCAGAGUUGGAGUAAAAGGAGAUCAGGAAGGCAGCUCAUAUAACCUCCUGUCUCUGCACCCAGCUCCUUGA